AUGCCGGCAGAAACGCGUGCCACCGGGGACGGGACCUGCCAGGCUCUGUGCAGAACCCUGGUCUCUCAGAACGGGAUCCAGAGAAACACGGCUGACAUCUCCAAGUCUCUCCUCUACACAUCACUGAUGGGGCUGCUCCUGGUUGUACACAAAGAGGUGAGUCUCAAGGUUGGGAGUGGAAGAGUCGGCCUUCGUAACGUAGGAAACACGUGUUUUCUGAAUGCGGUGGUUCAGUGUCUAUCUCACACCAGAGGUCUGAGGGACUACUGUCUGGUCAAAGCCUACAGACAGGAGAUGUGCAGUACAGAGGAACCACACCUCAUGGAGGCGUUCUCCCAGGUGCUGUUGAGUCUCUGGGAUGUGAACGAAGAAAACCAAAACACAGAAGUGAAUCCUGGGAAGUUCUACAGCAUCUUCAAAGACGCGGUGCCUUACUUCAGCGGAUACAGUCAACAGGAUGCUCAGGAGUUUCUGAGGUUCUUAUUGGACAGGCUUCACUGUGAGAUCAACCGCCGGCCGUACGUCCGGCUCACCAGCCUGGAGCCUGAACCCAAAUGCACCACAGUCAGGAUUGACGAGCAGGCAUCUGCAAUGUGGAAGAGACACCUGGAGAGGGACGACAGUAAGAUCGUAGAUCUGUUUACAGGUCAGCUGCGUAGUUCUCUCCACUGCUCUGUGUGUUCUCACCACUCCACCUGCUUCGACGUCUUCUGCGACCUGUCUCUACCCGUCCCGAAGAGGAGUGCAGCAGGGGGCGGGUCUCUGAGGGAGUGUCUUGAUCUGUUCACACAGGAAGAGAAGCUGGAUGAGGAGAACGCACCUAUGUGCGAGAGGUGUAACAGACGGACAGAGAGCACCAAGAGGCUGACCAUCCAGCGAUUCCCACAGGUCAUCGUCAUGCAUCUGAACCGGUUUGCCAUGUCGCGGUAUAUGGUGUGUAGGAGUACAGUGUGUGUCUCCUUCCCUCUGACCAGCCUGGAUAUGGGGCCCUACGGACCGGUCGACUGUGGUCCCGUGUUGUAUGAUCUGUAUGCAGUGUGUAACCACAGUGGGACAGUCAACAUGGGCCACUACACCGCCUGUUGCCUGGAGAACGACGGAUCGGGAUGGUGCUGUUACAACGACUCCUGUGUGACUCCUAUAUCAGAGAACCAACUGCAGUCUGCUCAGGCCUACAUCCUCUUCUACCAACGCAGGAAGUGAACCAUCGGGCAGCCAAUCACUACAGCUGUAACUGCAAGCAUAGCAUUCAGCAGCUAAUCGCUACAGCUGUUACUACAAAUGGAAUAUUACAAACAGCUGUGAUGUAGCGCUAUUGUAACCAAGCAACCAGCAUCUCAACCAACUGGUCUGAUGUUGGACUACUUGAGGUUUGAGUGAGUCUGGGACAAAGACAGCACAAGGGAUAGAAAGACAGAAGAAUGGAAUAGACGGCUUGGGUGAGGAGAGGAGAAAGAGAAGACCAGUGUUCCAGCUCAGCUAGGAGUGUGUGUGUGUGUGUGUGGACCUUCAGUUCAAACAGACAGUUAUCACUGGACACACAACCAUGAGGAAACAUGUCAACAAACAUGUUAUCGGACACUAUUAACUUGUGCUACACACCAACUUAACCAACUAUCGGACAGACCGCUUUACAGAGAAGCCUUCAGAAUAUUCUGUGUUAUAAUAGACGAUGUCUGUCCUUGUAGAAACAUUCAUUUACGCUGAGUAGAAAGUCGCUUUUUAUUUUUAUAAAACUAGGACUGUUUAUCAAAGGGGUGUUUGAGCAACUUAUGACAUUUUUUCUAAAUUAACAAUUAUUUAAAUGAUCAUUUCUUUACAUAAUCCCUUGUUUGUUUUUUCCUUUCUUAUUUAACUUAAUUCAUUUGAUUAAAAUGUUUUGUUUCGCUUUUUCUUGUCAAGUGCAAAAGUAAAUAAAACUGGUGAGUUGGUAUGACGUUA